CCGAGAGGGACGGCGAGCACGAAUAAAUAGCGGCGGCGGCAGCGCGUCAUCUGGCGGAGCAGGAAGUGCAGGCAGAGUCCAGAGGCCGGUGCUUCCCGCGCGUCCCCAGGACUUUGCCAUGGGCUGGGGGCCGCGCGGGCUGCGAGCAGCCGGCCGAGGGCAGCGGCAACGCCGCCCGCACCAGGACUGAGCGAGCGGCGACGCACGGCGCCGAGAUGGCAGCGUCCAGCAACUCUAGUCUGUCCGGCUCCUCCGUGUCCUCUGAUGCUGAGGAAUACCAGCCUCCAAUAUGGAAAUCAUACUUGUAUCAGCUGCAGCAAGAAGCACCUCGUCCCAAGAGGAUCAUUUGUCCCCGGGAGGUGGAAAACAGACCAAAAUAUUAUGGAAGAGAGUUUCACGGGAUCAUCUCCCGGGAGCAGGCGGAUGAGCUUCUGGGUGGUGUAGAAGGUGCCUACAUCCUUCGAGAAAGCCAACGGCAGCCAGGAUGCUACACGCUGGCGCUGAGGUUUGGGAACCAGACCUUAAACUACCGGCUCUUCCACGACGGGAAGCACUUUGUGGGUGAGAAGAGGUUCGAAUCCAUUCACGACCUGGUGACAGAUGGCUUGAUCACACUCUACAUAGAAACCAAGGCUGCCGAGUACAUCGCAAAAAUGACCACAAAUCCCAUCUAUGAGCACAUUGGAUAUGCCACUCUCCUCAGAGAAAAGGUGUCCAGAAGGCUGAGCAGGUCUAAAAACGAAUCGAGGAAAACUAGCGUCAGCAACGAGGAGCACACGCCAGUGGAGAAGAUCUCUUCACUGGUCCGAAGAGCUGCCCUCACACACAACGACAACCACUUCAACUAUGAGAAGACACACAACUUCAAGGUGCACACAUUCCGGGGCCCACACUGGUGUGAAUAUUGUGCCAAUUUUAUGUGGGGGCUCAUCGCCCAGGGAGUCCGGUGUUCAGAUUGUGGGUUAAACGUACACAAACAGUGUUCCAAGCACGUCCCCAAUGACUGCCAGCCCGAUCUCAAGAGAAUCAAGAAAGUGUACUGUUGUGACCUCACCACACUUGUAAAAGCUCACAACACUCAGAGACCCAUGGUGGUGGACAUAUGUAUCCGGGAAAUUGAAGCAAGAGGAUUAAAGUCAGAAGGGCUUUACAGAGUCUCUGGGUUCACAGAACACAUUGAAGAUGUCAAGAUGGCGUUUGACAGAGAUGGUGAAAAGGCAGAUAUCUCUGCUAACAUCUACCCAGACAUAAACAUCAUCACCGGAGCCCUGAAACUGUACUUCAGAGACUUACCCAUCCCUAUCAUCACAUAUGACACCUACUCCAAAUUUAUAGAGGCAGCAAAAAUCCCCAAUGCGGAUGAGAGGCUGGAAGCUGUCCAUGAGGUCCUGAUGCUGCUGCCUCCUGCCCACUAUGAGACCCUGCGUUACCUGAUGAUCCACCUCAAAAAGGUUACCAUGAAUGAAAAGGACAAUUUAAUGAAUGCAGAAAACCUGGGGAUCGUCUUUGGGCCUACCCUGAUGAGACCCCCUGAGGACAGCACCCUCACCACCCUCCAUGACAUGCGGUACCAAAAGCUGAUCGUGCAGAUUUUAAUAGAAAACGAAGAUGUUCUGUUUUAAUCCAUCAGGGAAGUGAGCUGAUAGAGCUAGUGGAAUAAAAACGUUUCUCACA